AUGGCCAUAUUCAUAUUUAUCUUCAGUUUACUUCUUUUUGUUUAUACAAUUGCUUAUCAUCCUGAUAGUGCAAUAAAAAUCAAUAAUUUAAAUAUAACAAAAAUUUCUAAUGAAGAACGUUAUCAACAUUAUUUAUAUUUUUCACGAACAGAACGUUUAUUAUAUCGUGAAAAAGCUCGACAAAUGUUUCAAUUUGGAUAUGAUAAUUAUAUGAAAUAUGCAUUUCCACAAGAUGAACUUGAUCCAAUUCAUUGUCGAGGACGUGGACCUGAUAUUGAAAGACCUGAAAAUUAUAAUAUAAAUGAUGUACUUGGAGAAUUUUCUUUAACAUUAAUUGAUAGUCUUGAUACACUUGCUGUGAUGGGAAAUGUUUCUGAAUUUCAACAUGCUGUUAAACUUGUUAUUGAUCAUGUUCAUUUUGAUCGAAAUUCAACUAUACAAGUAUUUGAAGCAACAAUUCGUGUACUUGGUGCACUUCUUUCAGCACAUUUAUUAAUUGUUGAUCCAUUACAACCAUUUGGAAAUUUAAGAAUAGAAGAUUAUGAUAAUGAAUUACUUGAUCUUGCUCAUGAUUUAGCAUCAAGAUUAUUACCUGCUUUUGAAAAUACUCCACAAGGUUUACCAUAUCCUCGUGUAAAUUUAAUGACUGGUUUAGUUGAUGGAUCAAGAAAUGAUACAUCAACAGCAGGUGCUGGAUCACUUUCAUUAGAAUUUAGUAUUUUAAGUCGUCUUGUCGG